UUCAGGAAGUAGACUUUGAGAAUUUUUUUUGUCGCCAGCUACAGUAGUAAAUCGAGAGAAAGUGAAGGUUACUUUCAUGAACAAAAGUGUAUGCUAGGUAGCUGCGUAUAUCAUUAUAAAACUAACGUUUUUCGUUGGCCAAAGUCUACUUUUAAGGACUAUCUGAGGACCAUGAGUCGCGUUCCCCUUCAGCAGCAGCAGAGCUGUGGCUCCUGGGAGCUGAAGGAACGCCUGGGGACCGGGGGCUUCGGGAAUGUCACCCGAUGGCAGAACAAGGACACAGAGGAGCAGAUAGCCAUUAAGCAGUGUCGUCAGGAGCUGAGUGAGAGGAACAGAGAGCGCUGGUGUCUGGAGAUACAGAUCAUGAAGAGACUGGACCAUGUGAAUGUGGUAGCAGCGAGGGAGGUUCCUGAAGGGCUGCAGUCCUCCUUACGCAUCAAUGAUCUACCUCUACUGGCCAUGGAGUACUGUCAGGGAGGUGACCUGAGGAAGUAUCUGAACCUGUUGGAGAACUGCUGUGGAAUGAGGGAGGGUUCCAUCCUUAUUCUGCUACGGGACAUAUCCUCUGCUCUGACCUACCUUCAUAAGAAGAGGAUCAUCCACAGAGAUCUGAAGCCAGAGAACAUCGUCCUCCAGCAGGGAGAGAAGAGAUUGAUCCAUAAGAUCAUAGAUCUGGGCUACGCCAAGGAACUGGACCAGAACAGUCUGUGUACCUCAUUCGUUGGAACACUGCAAUACCUGGCUCCAGAGCUCUUGGAGAGACAGAAGUAUACAGUGACUGUGGAUUAUUGGAGCUUUGGUACAUUGGUGUUUGAGUGCAUCACUGGGUUCCGGCCUUUUCUGCCAACCUGGCAACCCGUGCCCUGGCAUAGUAAGUUGAAGUUGAAGCAGGAUCAUGACAUUGUGGUUUAUGAGGACCUGACAGGGGAGGUGCGCUUCUCUAAACACCUUCCCCAGCCCAACAACCUCAACACUCUGUUGUUGGGCCGUCUAGAGAGCUGGCUGCAGCUGAUGCUGAGGUGGUCUCCCCAGGAGAGAGGCAAGGCAGACCCCCAGACCACUUCCUCAGACUGCUUCUCUCAGCUAGAGACUAUACUGGAGCUGAAGCUGGUUCACGUAUUGAACAUGGUGUCUGCUAAGAUCUUCACCUACUCUGUCUCAGCCAAUGAGAGCGUGGCUGAUCUGCAGCAGCGAAUCGGGUCUGACACCAACAUCCCUCCAGCCAAUCAAGAGCUACUGUUGGAGGCGGGACUAGCCCUGGAGCCACAGGGAGAGGCGGGGCAGUGUGCCAUCGACUACACUGAGAUAGACGGGAGGAGGACAGACCUUCCUCUGGUGUUUCUGUUUGACCGUUCCUCCUGCACCUACGAGCCCCAGUUCACCCCCCGCACAAUGCCAGAGAACAUACGCUUUGUCCAGACGGAUCCUAAGCACGUGUUGUCUUACAGUCCUCUGAGGAGGACCUGGGGCCAGGCCUGGGACACCAUCCGCACCCUGAAGGAGGACUGGCAGAGGUUACAGCAGGGACAGAAAGCUGCUCUCAUGAGUUUGCUGAGACACAACAGCUCCCUGUCGAAGCAGAAGAAUGAGAUGGUGUCUAUGAACCAGAGGCUGACGGCCAAACUAGACUUCUUCUCUACCAGCCUGCACAUAGACAUGGACAAAUACCAGGAGCAGAGAGCUACAGGGAUAGCCUCUGAAAAGCUGCUGGGUGUGUGGAGAGAGAUGGAGCAGACUGCAGUCAGCUGUGGCCAGGCAGAGAGGGUGACAGAGCUGGACGAGGAGAUGAUGCUCCUCCAGACAGACAUCGUGGACCUCCAGAGACAACCAUGGAGGAGUGGAGAGGCCCUGGACACACUUGAGGGGAAGGCCUUGGAGUUGUUCCGUAAGCUGAAAGAGAAACCCAGAGACCAGAGGUGUGGGGGGGACAGUCAAGAGGUAGUACGUCUGGUGGUCCAGGCAGUCCAGUUCUACGAGAGGAAACUCAAAGACUUCUACACACACCUCAGUAAGACGGUGGUGUGUCGUCAGCGUGUAAUGGAGCUGCUACCCCGUGUAGAGGGCGUGGUACAGAGGAUGGCUGAGAGUGAACAGGUCCUAAUGAAUCUACAGGAGAGACGGCAGAGGGAACUAUGGAACCUGCUGAAAGUAGCCUGUAGUAAGGUGCGCAGCCCGGUGAGUGGGAGUCCUGUGGAUGGGGGACGCUCUUCCUCCUCUGUUCCCCCUCUACUGACCCCCAGACCCAGCCUACAGCAGCUGGAUGAGUCUCUGUUGGUGAUCGAGGAGAGCAGGACGUUUGAGAGUCGACUACAGAGUCUGAUACAGGAGACCAUCCAGGAGUCUGAAAGCGAUAUGCAGUUGCUGCGAGAGUGGACGUGGCUGAGUGAAGGACAGGACCUUUCCUCUGAUCUUUCCUGACUCUACUGGUUCCCUCGGAGGAGGCAGGGGUUUCCCCUAGUUACUGAUACAGGGUCAGAUAUGAUGUCAUCCCCCUAAUUGUCAUGUUAAGGAUUGGAGUUAGACCUGAGGUUAAGGGACGAUUCUGUCUCAAACUGAUGUCAAACAGAAGAGCCGUCCCAUUCCAGACCCCCUGCUGUGGUCCUCUGCUGCCGCUGUGUGGUGGGGAAGACUUACUGCAACAGAUUGCAUCGCACAAUUUGACAUUGACUCUUGGGGGUGCCCCAAAAAUAAUGGAUUGAGCCAACAUUUAUAUUUUCCAGGCUCAUUGGCGUGCCGACAUUAACAUGUGCAACACCGCUGUAAUCUAUACCCUGGUGUAUUGGAGUCAUCUUUAAUCCAGUACUUUAAUAGACACCUGAACAGUACUUUAAUAGACACCUGAAACCCCACCUCUUUAAGGAAUACCUAGGAUAGGAUAAAGUAAUCCUUCUAACCCCCCCUCCCCCUUAAAAGAGUUAGAUGCACUAUUGUAAAGUGGUUGUUC